UGUACCCUGACACGGUGUCUCAGAACUCACACAUAUUUUAGAAUUAAGUGCGUCUGUUUUGGAAUUAACAGCUAAUUAAGUGGACUUGGGGCCGUGGAGAAUAUUGUGAAUCGUUGCUUGUCUUCCUGUGGAGGUAUUUCAGCUGCUGGACAUCCGUGAAGGUCAUAGGUUAUGUUACACUCGGGUGAGCUGAAUAACCAGUUGGGCUGAGAUGACAGGUCAGUUUUCAAACUGACCUGUGUUAUCCAAUGCUGAUGAGCACUAACAGACGCACCUUUAACAAGCUAGCUCGUUAGGACCCCAGGUAGAUUCUCAUUGGGAUGUGAUUUAUUGGUUCGUUGGAGUCAGGUAAAAAUAACAUAGCUCAUUAAUGCAGGGAGUCAGAUCCAACGACUUUCAAGCUUCUAACCCAACUUUGUUGUUUCAAAGUUUGACAAGGACACAAAAACAGAUGUGAGUGCAGUCAUGGAAGAUUAAACGGAUUAAAAUCUUCGGUCAAGUGGAAACAUCUCAGCUGAUCGUUCCCAUCACCAUAUGGUCCUAAGAUCUGUUCCACUGAGGCACCAGUUCCAGGAGAGGAAUUAUUCCACUAAGGACGUUGUUGUGAAAUUGCCAAUAUCACCAGUACGGUGCCUACAUUUAAAACUGUUGACUCGUGUAUGCAGAAAAACAACCUACCUUGCAUAUCACAGCUGUGUCCGAGCCCCUUCUAGGAUGACAAACCUGUGAACUGUCACAGACAUAUGAGGCUCUGAGGAAAAUAAGGAGUUUAUUACCUCUUUGAAUAAUUCAUUCAGGCUGCUGACUUUGAUAGUCACAACGGGAGUGCAUCGGAAUCAGUUUUCAGAUUGUGACUUAAGAAUGCUAGUUUAGAAGUCAAGGCAUCGAGGCAAUUUGUGUUUAAGUGUCUACAGUAUUAGUUAAUUGGUUCCAUAAUAACCAACAGCAUUAAUAUUGGAAAUUAUAUAGACUGAUAUUAAAUUCUUGAUGAUAGGCUGAAUCACUUGUUAUAAGAGGACAAACAGUUUGGUAUAACUUCAGUUAUAUCCUAGUCGGUUAUAAAGCUAACAUUAAUUUUCCUCCAAGGCCAGAGGAUAUUAUUGUUCUUACUGAAAUUGCUUCAUUUGAUUUGUGAUCAAAUUCUUCACUUGGUAAAGGCUUAUGAAGUGCCUUUUGGUGCGACUGGUAUUGUGCUUGUUUGUUCUGGGUCUUCAACAUUUUGACACUAUUUUCUCAACACAGUUAUAUCCACAUAAGCGAGGUGCUGUUGUUUGGAUGACAAAUAUCCAAAAGAUGUAGAGAAUGUGGUCUGCACAUCUCAUACUUACACAAUAGGUACUUGAGAUAGGUCCUAUUCAGUUAGUGUAGUCCUUGCCUCUAUUCUCCUUGCCUCAGCAUAUUACAGUGGGCCGUCAUCGUGGCAGUCUCAAAUUUACAUUCUGUGAUGUGUAGUGGUAUUGUCUGUGAUAACACGAGCCACGAAUGUGUGAUAAUUCACAAAUGCAGCAUCCAUCAAUACUGACACUUCUGGAGAAUUUUUUAUGCUGUAUAAAUACAUCUUGGUUGAAGUCUUUUUUUGAGCAUCCACGUAGAGUGAAUUUGCAUUAAGAAGUCUGUGUUUUUUCAACGCAUGUGCUUUGAAAAGUGAGUCUUCAAAGACGAAGUACAGUAACCUUGUGCAUACAGUGGAAUGAAAACAUCAUCAGUGCUGUGAAAGAAGAAACUUUUGAAUACAACCUUGAGAAGCUUGGGACUACCCUCAGAUUGAGUUACAUGUUGUUUUCCUAAAAACUAGUUGUAUCAAAUGACAUUGUUACACACAUCUGGCUGUUGCAGAAGUAGAAAUAAGUUGAUGCCAAUUGUCAAAGGCAUUCAAACUGCAGGUGUGUAACUUUUUUGGUGUGUUUUCUAAUGUAAAUUGAUGAAUAGACAUAUUUUUUGUCACAUGUGGCGUGACUGACCUUGGCCAUUGAGUGACCGGACACUGUGUUCAACCAACUAUGAAACUGUCAGGUGAAUUAUAGGAGACAGAGAACAAGUCUAUUGAUGCAAAUAGAUAGGACCAGUCCGUACCUUCCUGUCUGAUAAGUGUUGUCAUACUUGACUCCAGACAUCAAGAGACCACAAAGUGCUUUUUACUGAAAUGACGGCUUUCAAGUACAGCAGAGAAAGCCUGUCAAAGUUUUUCUUCUUUUUCUGAAAUGUUACACAUCUUUUGAAAGAUUUAUUAGGUGUUGGAUUUUAAUGUCAGCUCUGUGGCCAUUUAUAUGACAUCUUUACUGCUGCUGAAAGAUAUAUCUGACACAUUGGUCACACAAUCGAUGAGUAUAUGUUUGAAGUUCUGAAAGGAAGCGGACAUUGAGUUGGAUGAAUAUUAUUCACAGAGAGAGCUUGGACAUAUUUGGAGUUUUCUGGUUCAUCUCAAAUUUGGUGGCAGGAGCAGUAAAAGAAAUAUGUUUUAAAGGAUUGUGUUAUAACUAACAGGCGAUGGAUCAAUAAUAUGUUAUUGCCUGAUAGUGUCUUCCUUAACCUCUGUGCAGACAGCCAGAAACUGAAGAAAAAGUGAUGAUGAUCCUGAACAGCUAGGACAAAGAAACACUUUAAAUUGUAGCAUUAUUCAUGGAUUGUUUCUGAUUGUACAAAGUUGUGAUGGUUUUAUUAGUUUUGACGGAGGCUUGCGGAAGAUGCUGGAAUGCAUUGAUUGCGAAGAGUUGAGAAAACAGUGCAUCAUUUGUGCAGGGUUUGUUUUAGGCUGCGAGAGUUCGAAGGAGUAACAGGAACCGGUUCCCGUGUGGAUUUUCGCGUUUUUACCCCCUUUCUGUGUCGAUUGACUGACUUGUGGUGAGAUUGUCAAAUUUAUGGUGAAUUUGUAGAAUCUUCCUUGACAGAAUUUUGAUGUGCUGAGAGAAUAUCUGUCUAAGGCAAGUAAACACAAUUGUUAUGAAAAGAGGAUUGAGUGCUUAAAAAACGAAGGAAUUCCGAAGAAAAAACAAGAUUUCAUUGGAAAAGGAGUCUGUUGAAAUUCUGCCAGAAGAGGAAUUGUCAGGAUCGAAUUGCCAAGUGCUCAGAAGAUUUGUUUUGUGCCAUAUUGAAGAAUCUGGGCAUGCUGGAUGGGGAAAAAAGUGAAAAUUCUGUAAUUGGAUGGAAAUAAUUUCUUGUUGGUGCAGUGGAGAAGUGAUGUGGAAAUUAAUUUGAGCCAAAAUCCCAAGGAGAUGGAGUGAAAAUGAGAAUUUCACGUUUUUAAGAGCUGGUCCACGUGGAAAACCUUGCAUGUUUUGGGACAGUGAUUGGCAUAUUUUGUGGACUUUUGUCAAUUGUUGGACUGUGAAUAGUUUUGACCAUGAUGUGGAUUUUGACAAUUUGUACCAUUUGAACACAGACUCUGAUUACCUGUGAUCGAGGAUCUUAUGGGGCAGAUUGUCCGAGUAUUUUGUCUUUUCUGAUAUCGAUAGCUGCCUCAUAGACAAUAUUAGACAAUUGGAACGAGGAUCAUAUGGACUGAUUUACUCUCCAAGUAUUCUGUCUAUCAUGAUACAGAUAACUGCUUGACAGACAAUUAUAGACAACUGGAUAUUUUUCAGUGUCUGUGUGAAGAAUUGUAUUAUGUAUGUCAGCUUUGACAGGUCAGAAAGUGUAGUCUGACAAAUGUGACUGUAGACUUGCAGAUAAGGGAGUUGCCUGUAAUCAUUAGUAAAAGUUUGGGAGAGAUUUUGCUUCAGCCUAUUUUCAGAAAAAUAAGAUUACAUUGCUGUUUUGUUCCAAUUUGACAAGCAUAAACAUUCAUGAACAUUUUAAAUGCAAAUAAUUCUUGCAUCACUUCUAUGACUGUGUACAGUGAAUACCAUUACUGAUAAUUGUGGGCAAGUAAUUCGCUGUCACCUGUCCUGGACGUUUUAUUUACUUCUUGAUGGUCAUGUGAUGGCUGUGAAUCGUGACUUAGAUACAGUAUUUAUCAGCGAUACAAGAAGUGACUCACAGCUGAGAAGACAAAGUUCAUUUAUCCAGCAUUUUGCCAGGGGAUACGUGAUUGGCGAAUGACAUUGCAAAAAAACUGUUGAUUAUAUUUUUUUUUUGACUGUGUUGAUAUUAUUUCAAGAUGGAUGCUAUCAAAGUUGCACGUGAUUACUUUGUCAGUAGUCAGAGUAGUUUGCUUAUUGAAAACAGGGAGUUUGGACACAGGAAGUUCAUCCAUCUUGGAAACCAGAAGCCGAGGCAACAGAGUAGUUCCAAGCUGUCGUCUCCAUCCACGGAGAAGAGUUCUCCAUUAAAAGACAAGGACUUUUCAGUAUUGACACCGCAGACAAAGGGCAUGAGGUCAGGUAACAAACAGUGGAUGCACCCCUCCGAUGCCCUCUUGAAGGGCCAUAUCCUGUACAAUGUCAAGUUCCUGGGAGAGUGUACGGUGGAUAACCCAAAGGGGACAGAGGUGGUCAAGGAAGCUAUCAGGAAAAUGAAAUUCAACAAGCACAUUAAGAGGGCAGAGGGCCAGAAACCUCCCAAGGUAGAGCUGACAAUAUCGGCUGAUGGGGUGACGAUUCAAGACCCACGAACCAAGAUGAUCAUGCAUCAGUAUCCUCUCCAUCGGAUAUCCUACUGCGCUGACGACAAAUCGGACAAAAGGAUGUUUACCUUUAUUGCCAAGUCACCAAAUACUAGUCAACACUUCUGCUAUGUCUUUGACAGUGAUAAGUGUGCGGAGGAAAUCACUCUGACCGUGGGACAGGCGUUUGACCUGGCUUAUAAGCGCUUUCUCGAGUCUUCCAGCAAAGACAUGGAUGUCAAGAAACAGUUUUUGCUUUUGCAGAAAAAGGUCCAGACGCUUACAUUUGAAAAUCAAGAGUUGAAGAAAAGGAUUUCAGAACUGGAAUCAAUCAAAGACCGAUCGGAUGUCCAGGACUACAUGAAAAGUAACCAGAUAUCUGACCUUUCAACUGUGACCUAUAACCUCCAGGAAAGUUCAACAGAUGAUGAUUUUUCUUCCCCAUCUGAACAAGAGUCUCAGUCAGCAGUUGGCAGACGUCUGGAGAAUCUUGUGUUCGAUGACUUCCCUCCAGCAUCACAGACCAACGGCACCAAUGGAACCAAUGGCAACUCAACACCAGGUGGCGCUCAACGACAAAACUCUGCUCAACCAACUCCCCUAUUGUCUCCCCUUCCCCCAUCAACGAGGACGCGAAGUCACACCCAGCCUGCUGCUCAGGGUGUAGCAGCUGCAACAGCCUCACAGAAACAGAAAGGAUUCAGUGGUAACCCAUUCUCCCCGACCUCCAUGGGAGCUGCCUCGUCAUCGGAUCCUUUUGGCAUGGGAGUAUUCAAUCCAUCGACUUCAGAGCUGGACCGGGCUAUCCAGAACGUGGACCAGGAACUAUUAGAUUUACAGACUGGCUUCAGUCGAGGGCUUUCAAUAGGAACAGAUGAUUUCUCAUUAGAUGACCUUGACCCCUUAAACCAGAGGCCAUGAAGUGAUGGCCGCUGGGUCAAGUUGAAGGAUAUGUGAUGAUUGAAAAAAAUACUCCUUUGGGAGACAAGAGAGUCUCAUGCUAUUUUGUUUACAGAUAUUUUGUACAUACACCCACUUGAUGUUUGUAUUUUAAGCAUGAAAUACAUGCACUCCUUGUCAUUCUUUUGCCGUAAAGAUAUUUUUGCAGUUAAUUUGUACAUUAUGAAGGACACUGAUUGAAUUACCGGAUUAUUGAUGGCUGAAAACUAAACAAAAAGCAUCACUAGACAGAACCAAGUUUCCAAAUGGCUUUCCGCAUGCAGGAACUAGUCAUAAAGAUGCAGUAUGAUUAUGUUUAAGGAAUGUGAUGACCU